CAUGGCUGUAACCAGCAGCAAAAUCCCCGCCUCAGCCCAGGGCCCCAACAAGCCAAACAGUAGUCACUCAGAACUUGCAUGGCUCCCUAUCAUAAUAUUACCUCUUCUUGCCCUCAUGGCUUUGGUUUUUUUAGGUGCACCCCGGUAAGCAGUGCCUCGAGUCAACCACAUGCGAUGUUAUAGGGUUGGCUGAUAGCUAUCAAGGCUGUGCUCAUGGGCAAGAUACGAUUUUUCAUUGAUCGAUGAAUCAACCAGUUCCUCGUCCUCUGCAUCGGCCAGGCACUCCGGAACCCAGACCAGAGAUCUGCCUCACCUGAAUGCUGUCGCUCCACCCAAAACAAGCCAAGCGCUGAGAUCUGAACUCUCACAUGAGGUGCAUGCUGCCUGGGCGGUUCCGAACCGCGACAUGACAUGCGCCAUUUGUCUCAAUGUUGUCAAGGAUACAGAUUUGAUCCGUCAUCUACCGUGCGAGCAUACAUUUCAUGCCAAUUGCAUUGCCGCUUGGUACUUUGCCGGGCACGACACAUGCCCUAUAUGUGCCCAUCACUUUUCAUCACCCAAACCCCUGCCCCAGAGACCACGCCCAGUCCACUUAUAGAAGUAUGGACUGAUGAUAUCAUUUAUAUAGUUUAUAUUAAGAUCACUUCUAGAU